GCCUGAAAAAGAACCGUCGGAUCGCCAAUUUGCAAUUGCCGACGACAGCGGGUAUCUCGCCGCGUCUUCUCCUUCUUUGGCUGCAGGUCGGACUGAGAGAGACGACGAAGAUGAAGACGGCUAUGAAGCACGUUGCCCUCAUAGUGGCGUUCGCUUUCUUCUUGAACGCCAGCCCUCAGGCGUCCAUGGCGGUGAGUGCCGCUAACCCCCCUGCCCCUAGCGCUGGUUCACCUACCCCCUCUGCCCCUAUCGCGGGUGCACCUAGCUCGGCUGCCCCAACUGCGGCGACGGCAAAGACAGGCAAGGACUCGAAAGUGUUCCAGAUUCUGAAGAACGAGACGGAGUUUUCCAUGUUCUACGAGGCUCUGGUGAACACCACGGAAAUUUGGAACGUGCAGGGUCGCACAGUGCUCGAAGGCAAGCAGUUGAUUCUUUUUGCUCCCACGAACUUAUCCUUGAUCAGUGGGCUCGGCGAGGACGUCAUCACGUGUCUGCAAAAGGAGCCUGGUCAGGCGAUCCUCAGGAGUUUCUUGGAGGACCUUCAGGUUGUCGUCCCCAUCAAUGUCAGUUUCCCGCAGGUGAACACUACGAAACAGCUGCUCAAUCUGACCACCGACGGGUCUCUGUGGACGGUUGCGGGCAGGGGCAUCGCCGUCUCUGAGGAGCAGGAUGGCUCGAUCAAGCUCACAAGCGACGGGGGAGUGGAAAGCGUGACAGUCCAGGAAGCCAGAGUCACAGACCCCACGGUGACGCUCAUUCCGCUCGAGAGCACCGUCAUCGUCGAGGAAGUGGUGGCCUACAACAUCACGCGCAUGUGUCUCGGCGGGCAGAUGUCGGAGUCCUCCAACGCGGCCCCCUCCAGCGCUUCCCUCCCAGCGUCGGAGUCGUCUUCCGAAGAAGCGGGGGCGGAUCAGGUCUUGGAGUCCACAGCGGAACCCUCCGGAGACGAGGAGCCGGCCUCCUCACAAACUCCUGCGCAGCACAGAUCGUUGAGCAGAAAGCUGUGGGACCUGCUAUUCUAAGGAAAUCCACGGUCCUCAGACUUUCGGUCAUCAUUUCUGGUCGACCUAUGGGCCAGAAAUUAAGCGCACAUAUAUAUUCGUACAAGUGAUUUAGGGUAUAUAUGCAUGCGCAAUUUUUUUUAGAAAUGCACGAAGCUUUUCGUCUCCUCAGCGAGUGGAGUGAUUUGAGGACAAAAGACCCGAGCUUUGUUUCGGAUGACCUUUUUGGCCUCUUCAGUCUUCUGCUCGUGCAGUAGUCGCUUGGUACUGGAAUGAGAAUUUGUCGAGUUGUUCACACUGAAAGCAGUGUAAAGUGAAUAAUACAUGUUGCCUUUCGCAGGGCACUCCCCGAGGUAGGGCUCAAUUGUUGGCCGUAGGAAACGAUUUCAGAAUCAAUUAUUCAUUCAGUC